GAGAGAGAGAGAGAGAGAGAGAGAGAGAGAGAGAGAGAGAGAGAGCGAGAGCACAGAGAGAGAGAGAGAGAGAGAGAGGGAGAGCACACAGAGAGAGAAGGGGAGAGCUCAGCAGAGCACGAAAACGAACGCAAGAGUAGAAAGGAGCUCUGAUAGUGAGACGGGCCGGGAGAGAAAGCAAAGAGAGAGAGAGAUAAUACAGCCGGCGACAGAGAGACAGCUCAGUAGUGCUGCCAUCAGGAAUAACAACACUGCCAUGCAACCUUAGUGGGGGUGGAUGAUUUGGGGCUGUCGUUGGAUGCCAGACCGUGCCGUGCAGUCCGAGUCCUGGGCAUCACUGCAAUGAGGAGUCUUAUUGGUGGCUGCAGCAGAGUGAUCCAGUAGGUAGCAGGGUAAGAUAAUUUCGAGGUCAAGAUGGCGGGACAGGGGCUGCUGCCCUCCACCAACCGUUACCUCCUCCUGCUCCUGGGGGUUCUGUCUGUGGCCCACGCCUCCAUCUUCCUCAAGGCCUCCUUCCAGAGAGACCGCCGUAACAUCCGACCCAACAUCAUCCUCAUUCUCACUGAUGACCAGGACAUGGAGCUCGGCUCCAUGCAGGUCAUGAAUAAGACACGUUGUAUCAUGGAGCAGGGCGGGACUCACUUCUCCAACGCCUUUGUGACCACGCCCAUGUGCUGUCCUUCACGCUCCUCCAUGUUAACGGGGAAGUACGUUCACAACCACAACACCUACACCAACAAUGAGAACUGUUCCUCCCCCUCCUGGCAGGCCCAGCAUGAGACUAGGACCUUUGGAGUGUACCUCAACAACACUGGCUACAGGACAGGCUUCUUUGGGAAGUACCUAAAUGAGUACAACGGUUCCUAUAUUCCUCCUGGGUGGAGAGAGUGGGUGGGGCUGGUCAAGAACUCCCGCUUCUACAACUACACCCUGUGCAGGAAUGGAGUCCGGCAUGGCUGCGAACCUAAGGACUACUUUACGGACCUCAUCACAGAGGAUGGCAUCAACUACUUCCGCUCGUCUAAGAGGAUGUACCCUCACCGGCCAGUGAUGAUGGUGAUGAGCCAUGCAGCCCCACAUGGGCCAGAGGACUCAGCACCUCAGUACAGCACUGCCUUUCCCAACGCAUCCCAGCACAUCACUCCCAGCUACAACUAUGCCCCGAACCCAGACAAGCACUGGAUCAUGAGUUACACUGGUUCCAUGAAGCCCAUCCACAUGGAGUUCACCAACAUGCUACAGAGGAAGAGGCUGCAGACCCUGCUCUCUGUGGACGACAGCGUGGAGAAGGUGUAUAACAUGCUGGCUGAGACAGGAGAACUGGACAACACAUAUAUCAUCUACACAGCUGACCACGGCUACCACAUUGGCCAGUUUGGCCUGGUCAAGGGCAAGUCCAUGCCCUACGAGUUUGACAUUCGAGUACCCUUCUACAUCCGAGGGCCCAACGUGGAGGCGGGAGCCAGCAACCCUCACGUGGUGCUGAACAUUGACCUGGCGCCCACCAUCCUGGACAUCGCUGGCAUGGACGUCCCGCCAGACAUGGACGGCAAGUCCAUCCUCAAACUGCUGGACAUAGAGAGACCAGUCAACAGGUUCCAGGUGAAUAAGAAGGGGAAGGUGUGGAGAGACUCGUUCCUGGUGGAAAGAGGGAAGUUGCUCCACAUGCGUGAUGCGUCUUCAGGGAAGGACGUGGCCCAGGAGGAGAACUUCCUGCCUAAGUACCAGCGGGUCAAGGACCUGUGUCAGAGAACAGAGUACCAGACACCCUGCCAACAGCUGGGACAGAAGUGGCAGUGCGUUGAAGAUUCUACGGGGAAACUGAGGCUGUAUAAGUGUAAGGCCAUGACCAGCAUGUCUGCAGAACGGAAGGAGGGCCCUGCCAACAUCAGGUCCCAAUUUUACCCCCAGCGCGAAGCAAAGCACAUCGCAGAACGCAACACAGAGCCCGAAGGCUGCAAUUGUGACCAGUUCCCUAGCUUCAGCCUCAGUGCCUUCAAAAAGAAAAAGUUCCUUUCCAAGAAGAAGAUGAAGGCCGUCAAGAGCUAUGCCCGUAACCGUUCUGCCCGCUCUGUGGAGAUGGAGAUAGGAGGGGAACUGUAUGCUGUAGACUUGGGGGAUGGCUACCAGCCUGUACUGGCCCCCAGGAACCUCAGCGAGGCUGGGGCCCCGGGGCCACUCGACGACACUGAGGACGACUUCAGUGGCAUGGGGUUCACCAUCAGUCCCAGGACUAGCAGCAACAGUCUGGCUAUAGUACCUUCUGACAUCAAAGUCACACACAGAUGCUCCAUCCUGGCCGAUGACACAGUGAAGUGUGACACAGGGAUCUAUAAGUCUGUGCAGGCCUGGAAGGACCACAAACUCCACAUCGACCAUGAGAUUGAGACCCUGCAGACCAAGAUCAAGAACCUGAGAGAAGUCAGGGGUCAUCUGAAGAAGGCCCGCCCAGAGGAGUGUGACUGUCUCCGCUACAUCUACCAGUCUAAGUACAAGAGUAAGCUUAGGCACAAAGGAAGCAGCAUUCACCCAUUCAGGAAGGGUCAGGAUAAGGAUAACAAGGCGUGGCUGCUGAAGGACCAGAAGAGGAGGAAGAAGAUGAGGAAGCUGCUGAAACGUCUGAGGAACAACGACACCUGUAGCAUGCCUGGUCUAACCUGCUUCACCCACGACAACCAGCACUGGCAGACCGCCCCCUUCUGGACAAUGGGUCCAUUCUGUGCCUGCACCAGUGCCAACAACAACACCUACUGGUGCGUGAGGACCAUCAACGAAACUCACAACUUCCUGUUCUGUGAGUUUGCGACUGGCUUCCUGGAGUACUUUGACCUCAACACAGAUCCCUACCAGCUGAUGAAUGCUGUGAACACGCUGGACCGAACCGUUCUAAAUCAGCUCCACGUUCAACUCAUGGAGCUCCGCAGCUGCAAGGGCCACAAGCAGUGCAACCCCCGUACCCGCAACCUGGAGCUGGGAGGUAAAGAGCGAAGCAUCUUUGAUGAAUACAGGCAGUUUCAACGCAGAAAGUGGCCAAAAGUGAAGAUACCCACCUCCAAAUCACUAGGACAGAUUUGGGAAGGCUGGGAGGGAUAGGGUCCAGGAGGCGACAGUGGCCCCGUCAGAAGCACCCAGUGCAGGAGGAACGGGAAUGGACUGGUCAGAACUUGAACCCUUGUACAGACUUGACAAGCACGCGUACGAUCUCAAACUCAAUUUCAACGUCAGC